AUGGCCCAGCACCGCCCGGACCCCCGGGGCCCUCCCAGUGCUCCCAGUAACUCCCAGUUCACCCAGUUGGCCCCUCCCAGUAACUCCCAGUUUAACCAGUUGGCCCCUCCCAGUAACUCCCAGUUCACCCAGUUGCCUCCUCCCAGUAACUCCCAGUUCACCCAGUUGCCCUCUCCCAGUAACUCCCAGUUCACCCAGUUACCCCCUCUCAGUAACUCCCAGUUAUCCCCUCCCAGUAACUCCCAGUUCACCCAGUUGCCCUCUCCCAGUAACUCCCAGUUCACCCAGUUACCCCCUCUCAGUAACUCCCAGUUAUCCCCUCCCAGUAACUCCCAGUUCACCCAGUUGCCCCCUCCCAGUAACUCCCAGUUUAACCAGUUACCCCCUCCCAGUAAGUCCCAGUUUAACCAGUUGCCCCCUCCCAGUCUGGGGGGUCUCGUCCCCCCCUCCCACUUCGUGCUCUGCCCCAGGUCCCUGGGGGCGGAGCUUGAGGCCGAGAAGAGGCGGGGCCAAGCCUUGGAGGCGGAGCUUGAAGCCGAAAGAGGGCGGAGCAAAGCCCUGGGGGCGGAGCUUGAGGCAGAAAGGGGACGGAGCAAAGCUCUGGGGGCGGAGCUUGAGGCAGAGAAGGGGCGGGGCCAGUCCUUGGAGGCGGAGCUUGAGGCCCUGAGGGGGCGUGUCCAGGCUCUGGAGGCGGAGCUUGUGGCAGAGAAGGGGCGGGGCCAAGCCAUGGAGGUGGAACUUGAGUCCAAGAAGGGGCGUGGCCAAGAAAAGGGGGUGGAGCCACCCUCGGAGGAGGUGCAGCUCCGGGCCCGGCUCAGCGCCCUGGGACAGAUCCUGAGCCUGCAGGAACCACAGGAGGCCCCGCCCCCCGCCCAGGUGAGGCGCUGGCGGCAGAAGGUGUUUGAGCUGCUGGUGCAGGUGAGGACCCAGGAGGGAACUGAGAAGGAGCUGCGGGAGCAGGUGGCCACCAGGAGCCGGCAGGUGACGAGUCUGGAGCUGCGGCUGCGCCAGGAGGGGCAGGAGGUUUCCCGGCAGCGGCUCCGGGCGGAAGCGGCCGAGGAGAAACUGCGGGAACUGGGAACGACCCUGGGCAGGCUGUCGGGGUCGGUGGCCGUGAUCGAGGCCAAGGUGACCGAGGCCACCCGGGCCCUGGGGACACUGAGCACCCGCCUGGGGAGGGCGGGGCAGCGGCUCCGGGGGUUGGUGGCCCUGGGCCGGACACGGUGGCACCGGGACCCUGAGGGGACAUCGAGGGACAGGUUGGUGACCCCGGAGGUGACACGGCAGCAGGUCACCCCAGCGAGGGACAGGACGGGGCCACCCCCCGGCAGAGUGGCUCUGGCCUCGUUGGUGUCACAGCUCCAGGCCGUUGGCUCCGCCCUCCUUGGGGACAUCGGGGACCCGCAGGAGACGGUGGUGACAUCACAGGAGCGGUGACAUCACCAGGGACGACGCUGACAUCAUCAGGGAAUAUGAUGUCAGUGUGGAGCGGUGACAUCACU